AUGUCAUCUAAAAGUGAAUUAACAAAAACAAUCGAAACUCAACAAUCACGAAUAACACUUCUUGAACAACGUUUUGCUGAUGUUGUUGCUGCAUAUAAAAAUUUACGAAAAGAAAAAGAAGUACUUGAAUCUACUGUUCGAGUAUUAUCAUCUCCAGCAGCAUCUAUUACAUCAAGUGGAGAAUCAACAGUUACAGAAAAUGAAACAAAUUUAAAUACAAAAGAGGAUAAUGGAUCUGGUAGUGAAGCAGAUAAUACCCAAACACAAUCUGAACAACAAAUAUUUAAAGAAAAAUUUCAAACUUUACGACAAAAUGUUGCAAUUAUCACAGAACAAAAACAACGUAUGGAACAAAUGUUUCAAUCAGACAAACGCAAACUUAAAACCGAAAAUGAAGAAUUAAAAAAAUUACUCGAAGAAGCAAAAGCAGAAAAUAUUAUUAUUAAAGAAAAAUCUGACAAUGAAAUUAAAGAGUUGAAAAAAUCAUUACGACAAUCUCAACGUGAUCAUGAACGUGAAACAGCUGAUCAUGGUGUUAUGAUGCGUGAAUUACAAACACUUCUCUCAACUGAACGUAAUAAAUCUGAAACAAUGGAGCAUCAAUUUGAAGAAAAUCGAGCAAAAGUAGUUACACUUGAAAGUCAAUUAGAUACAUUAAAAAAACAAUAUAAUAAUUUAAAUAGUCAAUAUCAAACAAAAUUAAAUGAUAUAAAAGAAAAAUAUUCAAUUGAUUUGGAAGAAUUGAAACGUUCAAAAGAAAAUAUUGUUCAAUUAACAUCAAAAAUAAAAGAUAUGGAAAUCAAACAUGUUGAACAAUUACGUGUUGAAUCAAAACGCAAUCAACAAUUAGAAAAAAAAUUAACUGACAUUACCAGUGAAAAUGCUCAAAAAAUAUCAACAAGUGAAACACAUAUUGCUGAAUUAUCUGACCAGAUUGGUGUUAUUGAAAAACAACGUGCACAAGAUCAAAUGAUUAUUCAACGAUUAAAAGAACGUAUAGCUCAACUUGAUGUUGAAAAUGCUCUAUUGACAAAAGCUUCAUCAACAUCUAUUGAACAUGAUGAUAUUGAUAUAACAAAUAAUGAUGAUGAUAAUAAUAAUCAUCGUGAUUUAGAUACAUUAAUGCAACGUAUUGCUAAAUUAAAAGUUUUAAUACGUGUUGCAAAUGAUCGUUUUGGUAAAUCUUUAACAAUUGAAGAUAUUCUUAAUAUUGAUCGUGAAAUGUCAUCAGGAACAACAAAUAUUAAUGGAAUAAAUUUAUCAACAGAAAAUAAUAAAAUAUUACAUAGUAAAUGUUAUGAAGAAAUUGAUCGACUUAAAAAUGAAUUAGAAAAAUAUCGAAGUAAAACUGUUGCUGUAUUUAAAGCAAAAAAUUUUAAGGAUAUAAAUGCUUCAAAAGAAAUCGAUGAUUUACGUAAUCAAAUUGAUCAGUUACGUGAAAAAUUAACUCAAAGUCAAUCAUUAUAUAAUUGUGAAAAUGAUCGUCAUAUACAAGUUGUUGAAAAACUUGAAUCUUGUAUAACAAAUUUACAUAAACAACAUCGUCAAGAAAUUGAACAUAUAUUAACACGAAAACGUAUUGAAUUAAAUGAACUUGAAUGUGAAUUAGAAAAACAACGUGAACGUAUACAACGUUUAUUAAAUGAAAAAGAUCAUGAAUUAGAAACAAUGAAAAAACAACAAUUAGAACAAUCAACAAUUCUUGAUAAUAAAAUAAUUCAUUCAACAUCUAAUAUUCAACAAAUUGAUGAAUCACCAACAAUAAUGAAUGAAUUAUUUUCUCAUAAUCAUUAUUCAGCAUCAUCAUCAUCAACGAUAGGCGGACCAAUAAGUUCUGAUAAUAAUAAUCUUUUAUAUUUUAUUCAAGAACAACAAUUACGUGAACAAGAAUUAACAUCAUUAAGAAAACAACGUCAUGAACUUGAAUUAACAAUACGUGAUUUACAUAAUAAAUAUUCAUUUGAAAUAAAUCAAUUACAAAUAACAAUUGAAAAAUUAAAUGAUGAUUUAGAACAUAUUAAAUUAAGUACACAACGUAAUGAAUUAUUAACUAAAAAUGAACAUAAUAUUGAUUAUAUAAAAAAUGUUUUUUAUCAUUAUUUACUUGCUAAUGAUACACAAGUUAAACAUACAAUGGCAAAUGCUUUAAUGACUAUUUUACAUUUUUCAACAAAAGAAAAAGCUAAAGUUGAAAGUCAAAAACAUACGACUAGUUUAACAAGUGGUGGUUGGUUUAAUCAUAAAUAA